GAGAGAGAGAGAGAGAGAGAGAGAGAGAGAGACGCAGCAGGACAGUGGUCGGUGGAGGAGAGAACUGUACCGACGCUUUAUGUGACCACUCCGACUGAAGCACUAAUAUAGAGGUUCUAAAUUAACAAGCUGGCUCACGUGUACUGCUCUGGUGACGGCCGAAUAUUCGGACAUGGAGACCGCGGAGACAACACGGUAUAAAAUGUGAGAUUUUUGGGGAGAAUCACCGAAAAGCCAGCGAGCGUGGCGCACCCCCACCACAUCCCCUGAUCUUUUCCGGGAGAUCUGUGAUUCUGUGUGGUCGGUCCAGCGUGGCAUCGCGUGCUCACGGAGAGGAGCAUGAAGAAGUUUAACAUCCGGAAGGUGCUGGACGGACUAACGGCUUCCGCCACGCCGUCGCAACCGCUGGGCGUGAGAGAAAACGACCUAGUCCACGAGACGCUCCAGUCGGAGCAUUUCCAGCUCUGCAAGACUGUCCGUCAUGGCUUCCCCUACCAGCCCUCGGCCAUGGCCCUGGACCCCGUCCAGAAGCUACUGGCCAUCGGAACUCAGAGUGGAGCUCUACGGAUAUUUGGCCGACCAGGAGUUGAGUGUCACUGUCAGCAUGAGAGUGGAGCAGCCGUCAUUCAACUGCAGUUCCUCAUUAAUGAGGGGGCAUUGGUGAGCGCCCUGGCCGAUGACAGCAUCCACCUCUGGAAUCUACGACAGAAGAGACCAGCCGUACUUCACUCACUAAAGUUCAACAAAGAGAGGAUAACGUUCUGCCACCUGCCCUUCCAGAGCAAAUGGCUGUAUGUGGGCACGGAGCGCGGGAACGUCCACAUCGUCAACGUGGAGUCCUUCACCCUCUCAGGCUACACCAUCAUGUGGAACAAAGCCAUCGAACUCUCCUCCAAGGCUCACCCUGGCCCAGUGGUGCACAUCAGUGAUAACCCCAUGGACGAGGGGAAGCUGAUCCUUGGAUUUGAGGCUGGAAUCGUUGUGCUGUGGGACUUAAAAUCAAAGAAGGCAGAUUACCGUUACACAUACGAUGAGGCUAUCCACUCUGUGUCCUGGCACCAUGAGGGGAAGCAGUUUAUCUGCAGUCACUCUGAUGGCUCGCUCACCAUCUGGAACAUCAAGAACCCCGCCAGACCCCAACAGACAAUCACUCCACACGGAAAACAGCCCAAGGAUGGGAAGAAGCCAGAGCCAUGUAAACCCAUCCUCAAGGUGGAGUACAAAACCACUAGACUUGGAGAGCCCUUUAUAAUCCUCUCGGGCGGGCUGUCGUAUGACACCGUUGGCAGACGGCCCUGCCUGACGGUGAUGCAUGGCAAGAGCACGGCCGUGCUGGAGAUGGACUACCCCAUCGUGGACUUCCUCACCCUCUGCGAGACACCCUACCCCAAUGAUUUCCAGGAGCCAUAUGCUGUGGUCGUCCUGCUAGAGAAAGACUUGGUUGUAAUUGACCUUGCACAGAACGGGUACCCCAUCUUUGAGAACCCCUACCCCCUGACGCUGCACGAGUCUCCGGUCACAUGUUGUGCGCAUAGCGCUGACUGCCCAGUGGACCUCAUUCCUGCACUUUACUCUGUGGGCCUACGCCAGAAACGCCAGGGCUACAGCAAAAAGGAGUGGCCUAUUAGUGGGGGGAACUGGGGUCAGGGUGCACAGAGCUAUCCUGAGAUAGUCAUCACGGGGCAUGCCGAUGGCUCAUUGAAAUUCUGGGAUGCCUCUGCAAUAAUGCUGCAGGUUCUGUACAAGCUGAAGACGGCCAAGGUGUUUGAGAAGAACCGGAGCAAGGAUGACAAGCCGAGCACCGAGAUCGUGGAUGAGGACCCUUUUGCCAUCCAGCUGCUGGCCUGGUGCCCAGAGAGUAGGGUGUUGUGUGUGGCGGGGGUGUCUGCACACAUCAUUAUAUACCGCUUCAGCAAACAGGAGGUCACCACUGAGGUCAUACAGUUGUUGGAGGUCCGUAUGCAGUGUGAUCUGAGCGAUCUGGACUCUCCAGACGUGGGCGGUGACCAGGCGCAGGUGGCCCCCACUUCUAGCUCCUCCCCUAGCCCUCAGGCCGCCGCCCCUCUGACACGCCCAUCAACCAGCAGCAACAAUUCAGACCACACCAGAGAUAACGUGCCCUGCCUCAAGGUGCGCAGCUCGUCUCUGAAGCAGUCGCCGGGUUAUCAGGUGGAGCUGGUCGUGCAGCUCGUGUGGGUAAGUGGGGAGCCGCCCCAGCAGAUCAGCAGCCUCGCCAUCAACUCAGCCUACGGCCUUGUGGUGUUUGGCAACAGUACAGGUGUGGGAGUGGUGGACUACCUGCAGAAGACGGUUCUGCUCAACCUGAGUACAGCUGAACUCUACACUACCAACGACCCCUAUCAGCGACAGCCACGCUCACCACGCAAGAGCAGACAACCCUCUGGAGGUCUGUGUGACAUCAAUGAGGGCUCGGCCACAUCAGACGACCGCUGCAAAUCUCCCACCUCAGUGUUGAGCUCAAAUCAUCAGCAGUUCUACAAUGGAGCAGGCAAAGCAAAGAUGUCCAGGAAGCUAAGCUUGCCCACUGAGCUUAAGCCAGACUUGGUCCUACUCUCUGUAUGUCCCUCGCGGGCACCCGUCCCCCUAGACCACCGGGACAACUCCUUCAGCCGCUCGCGGAGCUCCAGCGUGACGAGCAUCGACAAGGAGGCGCGCGAGGGCAUCACGGAGCUCUGCUUCUGCGAGACCAUGGCCCGGCGGGCGGAGGGCGGGGGGCCGCAGCCCGCGCUCUGGGUGGGCACCUUGCUGGGCACCGUGCUCACUGCCACCCUCAGUCUGCCCCCUGCUGGAGAGCAGCGGCUACUGCAGCCCAUCAUUGCCUCGCCCAACGGUGCUCUGGUGCGUCUGAAGGGCAGUAUCUUGCGCAUUGCCUUCCUGGACGCCGCCGGGGUCUUCCAGCUUUCCCCGUACGAGCAGUGGUACGAGCCCAAUGCGGCUGAAGAGGAGCGUACCAGGCGCCGGCGUGGGGGUGGCCUGCCCUCGCCCUGCGGUGGUGGCGGAGGCGGCAGCGGCGGUGGACUGGACCUGGAGAGGGACUCCCAAUUCGGGGUGAUCUGCUCGGAGAAGCAGGCCAAGGUGCUGUCGCUGCCGUCGCAGACGUGCGUGUCCAAGCACAACAUCACGGAGACGUCGUUCGUGCUGCGCGCCGACGUGGUGGUGCUCAACAGCGGCGCCUGCGUAGCCUGUUUCUGUGCCAACGGACACAUCAUGACGCUCAGUCUCCCGUAUCUGCGGCCGCUGCUGGAUGUGAACUACCUGCCCCUAACGGACAUGCGCAUCGCCCGGACGUUCUGCUUCUCCAACCUGGGCCAGGCGCUCUACCUGAACUCACCCACUGAGAUACAAAGACUCACCUACAGCCAGGAGGUCUGCGAGAACCUGCAGGAGAUGCUGGGGGAGAUGUUUAUUCCAGUGGAGACCCCCGAGGCACCCAAUCGGGGAUUCUUCAAGGGGCUGUUUGGAGGUGGAGCACAGUCGUUAGACAGGGAGGAACUAUUCGGGGAGACUGGUGCAGGUAAGGCCCCGCGUAGCCUGGCUCAGCACAUCCCGGGCCCCGGGGGCAUUGAGGGCAUGAAGGGCGCCGCCUCGGGCAUCAUGGGGGACCUGGCGCGGACCCGCAUGGCGCUGGACGAGCGAGGACAGAAGCUGAGCGAGGUGGAGGAGAAGACAGCCGCCAUGAUGAACAGCGCUGACUCCUUCUCCAAACACGCACAUGAGAUGAUGCUGAAAUGUAAAGAUAAGAAGUGGUACCAGUUCUGAGGCCUGGUGCUGCAGGGACGCCCUGUUGCCCUCCCCCCGUCCCUCAGCCCCGUCUUCCUCCGUCUCCUCUGUCCAGGCGCGUCCGGUCCCUUGUUCCCUCGCCGAGCACAAUGACGAACUCGCCUCAGGAUGGACUGAGGAGUGGAGAGGAAGGGUAGAAGCCAUCGCUGUGGUGUUGUUUUGUUUUCUUGGAAAUUUGUGAGUUUGUUUUUAGUUUGUUUAUUUGUUUUUUUUGUUUGUUUGUUUACGUCCCUCUUCCAUGACGGCUUUGGGGGUCCCGACGGCACUGAGACGUCCACAGAGCAGAUAAACAAAAACAAUGAAAAAAAAACAAAUACGUAAAAAAGACACGUCUACACACAAUAAAAAAAAUAUGUAAAAAGUUGGAAAAAUAAGUAUAUACAUAAUCUCUAUAUCAACCUAUAUAAAGGAUCAACACUGUAUACACAAGAAACUUUACCCCCUCCCUCCCUACCGAGAGCUCACAGCAUUGGUUCGAGCAAUAGGAAGUGCCAUGUUGUCACGCAACGUGACAUCACAGGAAGUGAUGCAAACGGAAGUGAUAUUACAGGAAGUGGCGGUGCGGGGAGUGACACGAUAAAGUAGAGGAUGUGAUGUCACUCCCAAAGAACAAUUGGAUCUUUUUUUUUCCUCUUCACCUGUGGCUGUCAGGAUUCCUCCAUCAUUGUCUUUUAGGCAAACUGUUCUGUUCAGUUUUGGAUUUUGUGUUCUUUUUUGUUUCCUUCACGUAGUGUGUUCUUACGUUGUUGGUCAAUGGGUCAUCUCCCUGAAAUGUCUGUGAAUGUGUCACGUCUGCUGUAAGUGUUACGGAAGUGAACCACUCUGUUAUUUAUGUAUUUAUAUUAUUUAUUAUUUGCUGUUAGUCAUAACUUCGUGUUGCAAAUGUAUUUUUGUAAUGCGUCGUCCUGCUUAGUGCUCUUUUUUUAAGGGCUGUGUGCGUAUGUGUGUGUGUGUGAAAGAAGAUGGGGGAGCUGAGAUUGAAAAAGAGAGAACUGUUGUAGAAAACAGUAUUGUAUGACCUGGGAUUUCAUAAGAGAGAUUUGUAUGUGUAUCUGUUUGUGUGAUUCUCUGGUCAAUUAGAGUGUUUGUAGAUGUUGAACUGCCUUUGGGAAGCUAAAGCACUUAAUAUAAGGAUAGGAGUAAUGAUGGGUCUGUGUGUGUAUGUGUAUGUGUGUGUGUGUGUGUGUGUGUGUGUGUGUGUGUGUGUGUGUGUGUGUGUGUGUGUGUGUCAUUCAGUAGAUGCAUGUGUGGGUCAAUUUCAAGUCUUGAGGAAGAACUUUAGGACUUUGAUCAAGGGUGUAUGCUGCUCUCUCUCUAUCUCUCCUUCCAUUCCUCCUUUCCUCUCUUUCUCUCCACUACUCUCUGUCUCUCUCUCUCUCUCUGUCUCU